AUGGCCCCUGUUGCAGUUAUCGCGCCCGUGCCAGUUGGCCCGCCUGGCCAGCCUGAUAUCCAGUACCUGCCGGAUCCCAUCAAGUACGCCGCCCGCACAAAGCGACGCCAGCAGCAAGACCUCCCUCGGACGCUGCCAGAGGGGUUUCCGCAGAAGCUCGACUCUGAUCUCGCCUGGGAUGGAAAGGAUCUGGCCCAGGUAUACGACUGGAACUACCAUCUUACCGAAGAUGACCUGAAAGAAGUGGAGGCAGCUCUCCAGCACUUCAAGGCUCUGCACUUGCCUCUGGGGCUUGUCAACCAGGAAACGUUUCCCCUGCCAAAGCUACACGAGACUCUCCGCUCCAUCUCAAAGGAAAUCCAUGUAGGCCGCGGGUUCAAGGUAAUCCGCGGUGUCCCUGUCGACCAGCACACCCGCGAAGAGAACAUCAUCAUCUACGCAGGGAUCACCUCGCACAUCGGGCCAGUCCGCGGGCGUCAAGACACCAACUGGCAAGGCCAGCCGGCCGAUGUAGUCCUCGCGCACAUCACCGACCUCAGUCGCAAGGUCGACACCAUCACCAUCAAAGCGCCGGCGUAUACAACCGAGAAGCAGGUCUUCCACACUGACGCAGGCGACAUUAUCACUCUAUUCGCCCUCGAAGAGGCAGAGAGCGGCGGCCAGAGCUAUCUCUCUAGCAGCUGGCAUGUAUACAACGAGUUGGCCCGCACCAGACCCGAUCUCAUCCACACCCUUGCCGAGCCUUGGGUUACCGACCAGGGAAAGGAAGCCGUCAGUCGGUCGCUGCUGUAUCACCAGCCGGAAGAUGGUGAUUCUCCAGAGCGCUUGAUUAUUCAGUACGCCCGCCGUAACUUCACGGGAUACUGGGGGAAACCUCGCGCCGCGACCCUUCCGCCUAUCACCGAAGCCCAGGCAGAGGCCUUGGAUGCGCUGCAUUACCUCGCGGAGAAAUCGGCGGUGUCGCUUGACUUUCACAAGGGCGAUAUCCAGGUCGUCAACAAUCUUUCGAUUUUCCAUGCGCGCGCCGAGUUUACGGACUCUGAUGCGAAGCGUCGUCAUCUGGUUCGGCUGUGGCUCCGAGAUCCGGAGCUGGCUUGGAAGACACCCGAUGGGUUGAAGUCGCGGUGGGAAUAUGUGUAUGACGGGGUGUCUGCUGAGAAUUCGGUCUUUCCGCUGGAUCCUUUUGUGCGAAGUCAGUAA